UACGCGUGGGGAAUUCCCUUUAUCAUCACUAUUGUCUGUGAAAUUAUGGAUUAUGCUCCUAACGUGCCAAUAAUUUUCCGACCGAAAUUUUACACAGAAGAUUGCUGGUUCGAUGGAGAAAACCAGGUUGCGUUUAUAUUGUAUUAUCACGGGUUUAAAAGUAUGUGCAUCAUUAGUAGCGUUUGCUUAUCCAUCCCUACAGCAUUGAGGAUUACGCGUUACAAAAGGGAUAUAGAUCCUUGUCUGAAAAAUUCAGAAAGCAAGUGUUAUAACGACAAUAAGAAAUGGUUUAGUCUGUAUCUGAAGCUAUUUAUUGUCCUGUUCAUCAUAAUAGGUAUAAAAUGGUAUAUGAUAACAGUGUCAUCAUUUUCUGGAAAUCAAUCAAUUUACAAUUCGUACGCUAUUAAUUUAAUGGACAUUAUACAGAAUCUAUGUACCUUUAUCAUAUUUGUGUGGAAAAAAAGGAUCAAACAGAUGUUACUGAAGCGAUUCGGCUGCGGUCUGGUUCCAAAACGAAUACAAAAACGAAUGCAACAUCUUCCAUGAUUUGUAUUACCACAUCGGGAAGAAUAAUCAA